CCUUUGCAGAUGCCCUAUCUGAACCCCGCCCGCUCUCUGGGACCAUCGUUCGUGCUGAACAAAUGGGACAAUCAUUGGGUGUACUGGGUAGGACCGCUGGCUGGUGGCAUGGUUUCGGGUCUGCUGCACGAAUUCAUCUUCAGCACACGGAAAACGGUGAAAAAAUCCAAGGACGAAGGUGAUUCCAGCAUCAAUUCGGACGAAGACAUCAACUACGAUAUGGAUAUCGAUAAACCACAGCAGGCGGGCAAGUACCACACAUACCGGCCCCCGACUGGAACGCUGGUCAGCCAGCAGCGGUAUUGCCAAAGCAUCUACACUGCCGAACCAACGUCGAAAACGGAUCGUGUGGAAUCGAUCUACGGUGGAACCAAGUCCAUGUACUGCAAAUCGCCACCGCUAACCCGUGCCAACUUGAACCGAUCCCAAUCCGUGUACACUAAGAGCAACACUGCCCUCAACCGUGAUCUGAGUAUUCGACCAGGACCUCUAGUUCCCGCUCAGAGUCUGUACCCGCUGAGAGUUACUCAACCCCAGAGCUCCCACCUGCAGAAUCAAAAUGUCCAAAAUCAACUGCAGCAGAGAUCCGAAAGCAUCUACGGAAUUCGGAGCUCAAUGCGACAACCAGGACCAGCCGACCGCAUUCCCCAACAAAUGCCUCCACAUCCCCAGAACGUGGAUCCCCAAAGCUAUCAACCCAUCUACGGAACUCGCAACAAUCCAAACUGUUCAACAGAUGCCCUCAAAUUUGAUCGGGAUCCCCGAGAAAACAGUCGCGAUGAUUCCAUGUCUUCCAAAUUUGCCCGCGCUGUCCGCCCGGAAUCCAUGUACGGUCAGCGGCGGGUUCAGUCAGCCCAGUCCGACGACAGUUCCUAUGGUUCCUACCACGGGUCGGGUCCUGCCAUCACUCCGCCAACCCGCAACGCCAGCAAUAGUAGCAGCACCUACAACGGAGGUCUAGUUCUACCGAACUACGGGCACGGGCCCGCCGGAAUGAACCAAGUUCAGAUGGCGGAACGGAAAAUGUCUUCUUCUUCAUCGCAGCAACAGCAACAGCAGCAGCAACAACAACAACAACACCAACAGCAACAGCAACAACAACAGCAAUCCAUGAGAAACGCAACAAGUAUACAAAAUACCAACCUACCACCGCCACCCCCGCAGCUACAGAACCACCAAGGCUACCAGAUGCAUCCAGUGCGACAGAACUAGGAACCACCGAAAUGAGUUAUAAAACUCCUGUAAAUCGUGUGUUUUGUUAUUUUUAGUUUGAAAGAUGUUUUAAAUGUAGUUAGAAUCUUUCUUUGCAAUGAACUCUACAGUUCAUGUUUAUUUAUUUAUCUAGAGUACCAACCCUUAACUUCCUCAGAUCUUUCUUCCAUCAGAAUUAACGACGUCGAUCCUCUGAAUAAAGACUGGCCAUUUCAAUCAUUUGUUUACCAUUUAUCUGGCAGUGUCAUUCCAUUGAAGUAUCUUCGAUUUGACAGUUCUCGUGUUCGAUUGGAAUGACACGGACAGAUAAAUGAUAAACAAAAAAUAGAGUUGUCGAAUCUUUAUACCAAAGAUUCAGCGUCUUUAAUCAGAAUUAAAUUCGCAGAAUCCCUCUGUAUAAAGACUCGCCAACUCUAUCUUAUUCUUAUUAUUUAUCAGUAAGUGUCAUUCCAAACGAGCACGAGACCUGUCAAAAGCCCUCAAUCCGAAGAAAAUCGCUUCGAAUCCUUCUGGAACGAGGGCCAUUGACAGGUCUCGUGUUCGAUUGGAAUGACACUGACAGAUAAAUGGUAAACACACAAUUGAUGUGUCGAGUCUUUAUCCAGAGGGAUUCAGCGUCUUUAAUCAGAAUCACAACAAAAUAAAACGAUUAUUGAUACCAGCGAAUGUUACGAUCAUUGCCUCUAAGACUGUUUUUGUAUGUAGAUGAGAUUUAUGUAUACACGCUCCGUGCUGUAAGCUGUUGAUGGUGUUCCUGACUCGUGUGUAUUGUAUUUAGCUCCAGUAUAAAUUGGAUGGUUUUACAUCAACAUUGUCGCAAACUGUAUUCUCUAAUAAAUAGUCAUGAAUAAGGAAACGAAAAUAGCACCAGCUCACAAACUGAUUAAAUUACAAUCAAAUAUAUAGGUCACAAAACGAAAAAUAAAACGAAUAAAAAGAAAGUGUUCGAUAAAUGUAUUUAACUUCACAAUUUUAAAUUCAUUGUGUUUGGAUUAGUACAAAUGUAUAUAAAGCGAUAAACAGCAGUGUUUAACCAACUGAAUGCAGCACUAAUGAAAUAGCAUGUAAGCGUUCGGAAGUAUUCUCAGCCCCGGAAGUUAGGAGAAUCAGUUGUGAGGAUAGAUUUGUUGUUUCUAAUAAUAUUGUAAAUAUUUAUCGAUAGAAUAGGAAAAUGAAACGAAUAAAUAAAGUAGCUACUACCU